GCUGCCGCUCGGGAAGAGGCGGGCCCUGCGCGCCCUGCGCUCGCCAUGGCGGUUUGGGCGGCGACGUGAGCGGCUCCGCGGACCCCGAGCGGGGCCCCGGCCGCGACCUGAGCCGCCGCCGAGCGCCCGGGGCCAUGCGACCGACGCUGCUGUGGUCGCUGCUGCUGCUGCUCGGAGUCUUCGCCGCCGCCGCCGCGGCCCCGCCAGGGUGUCGCUCUGUCGCCCAGGCUGAAGUGCAGUGGGCAGCAUCUCAGCUACUGCAGCCUCCGCCUCCCGUGCUCAAGCGAUCCUCCCACGUCAGCCUCCCAAGAAGGUGGUAUUAUUGGCCACGCCUGGCCAAUUUUUGUAUUUUUUGUAGAGAGGAGGUCUCACUAUGUUGCCCAGGCUGUUCUUGUACUCCUGAGCUCCAGCAAUCCACCCGCCUUGGCCUCUGAAAGCGCUGGGAUUACAGGCUUGAGGCACCGUGCCCAGCUGAGCCAGGCUUUUAAAACCGGUUCUGUCCCUACCCAGAGAGCUUCUUACCUGGCGGCCUCCUUAACCUCUGACACCAGCUGACCAUGCUUAUGAGCCAAACAUAAAAACCAAAAGAAACCCAGGCUUGGUGGCUCACGCCUGUAAUCCCAGCACUUUGGGAGGCUGAGGCAGCAUCAUGAGGUCAGGAGUUCGAGACCAGCUUGACCAACAUGGUGAAACCCCCGUCUCUGCUAAAAAUACAUAGCUGGGCGUGGUAGCGCCCGCCUGUAAUCCCAGCUACUCAGGAGGCCGAGGCGGGAGAAUCACUUGAACCCGAGAGCUGAGAUCUCACCACUGCACUCCCGCCUGGGCGACAGAGCAAGACUCUGUCUCAGAAAAAAAAAAAAAAAAGAAAGAAAAAGAGGAAAAGACCUUAAUGACAAAUGUGUGGCUAGAACAUUCUUGUCACAGCUAACUUUGGAGACCUACCAAGAAUGGUGCAAUGAUUCAGCAGCUACUCAUGAGAUGGGAGAUGGUGAACUGGCGUGUGGAGGGCGGAAUAAUGGUCCCCAAAGAUGUCCACGCCCUCAUCCUCAAGAGUCCGUGAACCUGGGAAUGUGCUGCCUGACGUACAAAAGGGACUUUGCAGAUACCCUCUUUCCCAGCUGCCCGCUCCUCAGCACCCGAAGAUUCGCCUGUACAACGCAGAGCAGGUCCUGAGUUGGGAGCCAGUGGCCCUGAGCAAUAGCACGAGGCCUGUUGUCUACCGAGUGCAGUUUAAAUACACCGACAGUAAAUGGUUCAUGGCCGACAUCAUGUCCAUAGGGGUGAAUUGUACACAGAUCACAGCAACAGAGUGUGACUUCACUGCUGCCAGUCCCUCAGCAGGCUUCCCAAUGGAUUUCAAUGUCACUCUACGCCUUCGAGCUGAGCUGGGAGCACUCCAUUCUGCCUGGGUGACAAUGCCUUGGUUUCAACACUAUCGGAAUGUGACUGUCGGGCCUCCAGAAAACAUUGAGGUGACCCCAGGAGAAGGCUCCCUCAUCAUCAGGUUCUCCUCUCCCUUUGACAUCGCUGAUACCUCCACGGCCUUUUUUUGUUAUUAUGUCCAUUACUGGGAAAAAGGAGGAAUCCAACAGGUCAAAGGCCCUUUCAGAAGCAACUCCAUUUCAUUGGAUAACUUAAAACCCUUCAGAGCGUACUGUUUACAAGUCCAGGCACAACUGCUUUGGAACAAAAGUAACAUCUUUAGAGUCGGGCAUUUAAGCAACAUAUCUUGCUACGAAACAAUGGCAGAUGCCUCCACUGAGCUUCAGCAAGUCAUCCUGAUCUCCGUGGGAACAUUUUCGUUGCUGUCGGUGCUGGCAGGAGCCUGUUUCUUCCUGGUCCUGAAAUACAGAGGCCUGAUUAAAUACUGGUUUCACACUCCACCAAGCAUCCCAUUACAGAUAGAAGAGUAUUUAAAGGACCCAACUCAGCCCAUCUUAGAGGCCUUGGACAAGGACAGCUCACCAAAGGAUGACGUCUGGGACUCUGUGUCCAUUAUCUCGUUUCCGGAAAAGGAGCAAGAAGAUGUUCUCCAAACGCUUUGAAGCAAAGCAUGGGCCUAGCCCACCGGCUCCCUGGAAGAGAUCAUCAAGCCAUCGGAGCUGCUAGAGUUCUGUCUGGACUUUCCAGAGACCAGUAUUCCCUUUUGCUGCCUCUAAAAGGCCUGUCCCUGCAGACAUGAGAGACAGCAGGUCUGAGACAGCAGGUCUCAUGGGGGUGACAAGCUUUUUUUUUUUUUCUUAAAGAAUUUUCAAAAUCAAACAAGUUUCCAGAAUGAUUUUACGGAGAUAUCCCAGGAAAAUUAAGGCUUCUCUUAAACACUAAAAAGGCAUGUAAUUGCUUGUUAGCAAAAUGGAUAUGACACAUCUCUGAUACUUUUUUCAUUAUUGGUUGGGCUGAGUAGUCAGAAGACCUGGUCGUCUUCUUGACUUUGGCAAAUGAGCCGGAGCCCCUUGGGCAGGUCACACAACCUGUCCCAGCGAGGGACACUGAGUGGCCCUUCAUGUACAUCCAUGGUGUGCUGGCUUACAAUGUAAUUAAUCUUGUAAAUAUACUCCUAGUAAUUUAAGAUUUUGUUUUUAAACUGGAAAUAAAAGAUUGUAUAGUGCAUGUUUUUUAAA